CGGAAAGACAGAUCACUCCAAAAAUAGUAACAGUUCGACUCAACACUCCAGCACGGGGAAAACUCGCACACCCGCUGACACCGAGCAAUUGGAACAUCGUGUAUUUAGACUGACUCUGACUGUGUCGAUAAUACUAAGACCAACUCCAAGUCGAAAACAGUAUGAAGCUGGAACUGUGUUGGUUGGUGGUUGCCCUUGUGUGCGGUCUGAUACGCUCCGUGGGAGGGGUGGUCAAGUUGAUGUCCUUCAACACGGGACUGACGUCACGCAUCCCGUACCGCCAAGAACGGUCCCAGUACAUCGCGGGGCACCUAGCACAGAGUCAGCCAGAUUAUAUAUGUCUACAAGAGGUAUGGCACUAUCGCGAGCUGUACAAUAUUGUGAAGCAGAACAUCGCCACCUAUCCUCACUCGUUUAGCGCCAUACACAGCAGUACCCCUAGCCUUCUCAGUAACAAGGGCUUUCACUGGCCGCCAUGUGCGAGAUUUCAAGUCGUCAAAAUGUUUUUCAAAAUGUGGUGGUAUGGUUGUACGUCCAAAAAGAAUGACGUCGACCGUUUGGUCUGUGUGACUGAGAAAGCCGGCUUCAUGGAUCUUCCACAAGACUGUAUCACGUGCCUAACCAUGACCAAGCUUACCGCCAGUGCUGCCUUCAGCAACUGCCUGGGAUCUAUUAGGAACCAAAUGAAUGUCCCCGGGUUGUUGGUUCUGAGCAAACGGAAUUUACAUAAUACAAAAAUGGUUUACUUCCGGCCUAAUGUAAAACAGCUUCUUCCACGAGGAUACCUAAUGGCUGAGGUUCCUGAACUUGGCGCCGUUGCUUGUACACAUACAGCCGCAAAUUUAGGCAAAAUAUAUUACGAGCCAAAUUUAAAAUCCCAAAUUAGCAGUUGGGAAGAGGAAAAUAUGCAGGACGCCGGCAUUUUGAUACGAGAUUUAUCUUCCUUUCCCAAAACCAUAAUAAUGGGGGACCUCAACAGCAGUCCCUCUAUUCCGGAUAAACAAAUACAGGGAGACUUUGAAAGGACCCUAGCACUCUUUACGAAGAAAAACUACACCACCCCUUACACGGACCUGUGUGGGUUGUGUACCUUUUGUGCUGAGAACAACUUGGUGCCAUAUAAAACAAGCUGGAUUUUGGACCAUAUAUUGAUCCGAGGCAUGAAAGCUCAACAAGCUAAGAGAGUGAUGGACGUGAAGAUACCUGGGCACAAUGUCCACCCCUCGGACCAUUACGGGAUACAAGUGGAGGUGAAUAGCGCCACCUAGUAGGUUACUAUUCCGAAGGCAACUGUGACCUUAUGGACCAAAUAAAUAAAAACAAUUAUAACAUUUGUUUAAAAAAAUCAAUAAAACAUUUUUUUUGCAU